AUGAGUAACUUCAGCACCAGCUUCGUGAAAGGCUACUCAGGUUCGAAGAGCUCUUCUGUUGAGGUGGAUGCCUGCAGCAAAAGCACUACAUCAUCUGAGGGUGCCGCCCAUACCCUGCUUAUCCACGGCCCCGUCGAGCUCAAGAGAGGCUGGAGGAGGCAGAAGCGGCACCUCUUCUUAUUCAGCGAUUUCUUGCUGUUGUCCGAUACCAAGUAUAAGAAAAAACUUAAGAUAAAAAAGAAAAUACCACUGAACACCAUGUGGACUGCCAACUGUAUGGACAGAGUGGAGGAUGCCAACAUCUGUGCUGGGAGGUCCUUUAUCCUGGGCUGGCCCACGGUGACCUUUGUGGCCACCUUCGGUUCUUCGGAACAAAAGGAAAAAUGGCAUUCUUUCCUUCAAAGGUAUAUCAAUCUGGCCAAAGAGAAGGACCAGCCCAAAAGCAUUCCUCUCAGAAUCUUCACUGAGGACAUCAAGAACUGUGCCAGUUCUGUAACUGUAACAGUAACAAAUUCAGACACAGUGAAUGACAUUAUCAACAUGUCACUACCAAUGCUAGGAAUAACUGGCUCUGAGAAAGACUACCAGCUGUGGGUGAGUGCUGGCAAGGAAGCGUCCCCACACCCACUCACUGGACAUAAACAUCCCUGUGGAAUUAAAAUGAGCCAUCUUCCAUCUACCACACUGCUGCCGCAGACACCAGAGGACUCCAUCUCUCCUUCCACCCUCCAGGAGUCCCUCCUUCUGGAGCAGGGGUUCGCAGAGAUGCAAGGCCGGUUCAUCCUGAAGCCCAGGCACCCGGCGCAGAAUGAGCAAGGGAGAGAUUACAGGCAGAAGACAGUUAAAAGCAGUUUUUUCAGAGACUGGGCCUGUUGUCUGGGCUCCAGCACUAGCCAGGACAGCCAGUGCACAACCCCACCUUCUUCAAAGCCAGGACAGCUCUUUGGAGUUUCCCUCAUGGAUGUGUGUAAUAAAGACAACUUGCCCUUCCCAAGCUUUUAG